AUGAGCUUUUGGGUACUCAUGGGCUUGAAUACCCAUACGUUCUUAUACGCCCCCCUCUUCGUCUUCGUCUUCUUCUUCAGAUACCUUAGACUGAUGGUUCACAUGUUUUCCUUCUGGCUCUACAAACCGAGUCCCACACCCAAGACACCCGCUUUCUCAACUUCAGACGUUACAGUUGUCAUUCCAACGGUCGACCCCAACGAACCUGAUCUGAUCGAGUGCCUUCUGUCGGUACUCCUGAAUCACCCUAAGGAGGUACGCAUCGUUACAGCCGGAAAACUGAAUGAAAAGCUUGUUCAAGAGAAAAUUAAAGCCUUUCAGCCUCGAUUUCCCAACGUCAAAAUCUCGGGCUCGUCCAUCGAGACGGCAAAUAAGCGCAAACAGAUUGCCCAUGUCCUACCUUCGAUCUCCACGGCUAUCACAGUCCUUGCUGACGACCAUGUUUUCUGGCGUUCCAAAGAGUUCCUGGUCUCAAUCAUUGCACCUUUUGAAGACGCAACAAUAGGAGCUGUCGCACCGCAUAAGCGCGUUCGCCGCGAUAGCCAUGGCUUUGGCUGGAAAGCAUUUUGGAAUUUCCUGGGCGCUAUCUAUCUGGAACGACACAAUUUCGAACUCAGGGCCACAAACGCAGUCGAUGGCGGCCUGUUUGUCGUCAGUGGCCGGACCGCGGCGUUCCGAAGCGAGAUCCUCCAAGACUCACAGUUCUUAUACGAGUACACUCACGAACGCAUAUUCUUUGGUAAGAUAGCCCUUCCCAACGUGGACGAUGACAAUUUUAUCACAAGAUGGGUGGUCCGAAAGGGCUGGAAGCUCAAGUUCCAACAAACCCGGAACUCUACCAUGGAAACCUCUCUAGGCAAGUACCCCAAGUUCAUAUCUCAGGUGUUGCGCUGGAAUCGGACCACCAUCCGCUCUAAUGCCGCUUCUCUGCUAACAGAUCGAACAGUGUGGAAGACUCAGCCUUGGUGCGUGUACGCCGUCUACCUCACCUCCUUCGUGAACUUCGCCUUGUUUUACGACGCCGUACUGCUCUACAGCUUCACCAAGACAACUUUCUUCAGCAACUACAACCUCGUUCUUUUGGGGACCUUGGUGCUUUUGAGUAAGCUGAUCAAACUAAUUCCUCACUUCUAUCACCAUCCUGCUGAUUUAAUCUAUCUCCCAGGCUACUACGUCUUCGCGUACCUACACAGCUUCAUGAAGCUUUAUGCCAUGCUGACGUUCUGGAAUACCAGAUGGGGCGGUCGCAAUCUCGACCAUGCCAGCGUGGAGUCAAGUCCAUUAUCACCAUGUUCCUCUUUGGUCAGCUCGGUUUCCACGCCGUGGGGCAUGUCAAAGCGACAAAUUAAAAUGACGCCAGCAAAUGUUCUUCUGAAUCGUCAUGCUACAUGA